AUGGCCCGGCCACUUCCCUUCUGGCUGUUGGUUCUAGGGACCCUGGCAGGGCUCUCAGCAACCCCAGGCCCCAAGAGCUGUCCAGAGAAGCACUACUGGACUCAAGGAGGAUGGUGUUGCCAGACGUGUGAACCAGGAACGUUCCUGGUCAAAGACUGCGAGCAGCACGGAAAAGCGGCUCAAUGCAAUCCGUGCACACCGGGGGUCUCCUUCACGCCGGACCACCACAGCCGGCCCCACUGUGAGAGCUGCCGGCACUGUAAUUCUGGUCUUCUCAUUCGAAACUGCACCCUCACGGCUAACUCGGAGUGUGCCUGUCCCGAGGGCCAGCAGUGCAGGGGCAAGGACUGUAUGGAGUGUGAUGGUCCAGCCCAGGCCCCAGGCCCACACCCACAACCCUCCCACUUGCCUUAUGCUGAAGAGAUCCCAGAGGCCAGGACAGAUCGGCACACUCAGACUCUGGCCAACUCCAGGUGGUUGCCGGCCCCAACCCUCUCGACCCACUGGUCACCCCAAAGGUCCCUGUGCAGCGCGAACUGCAUCCGCAUCUUUGUGCUCCUCUCUGGAAUGUUUCUUGCUUUCACCAUAGUCGGAGCCCUGUUCCUCCUUCAACAAAGGAAAUUAAGUACGAGAUUAAGAGGAAGUCCAGUGGCACCUGCAGAGCCUUGUGCUUAUACCUGUCCCAGCGAGGAAGAGGGCAGUGCCAUCCCCAUUCAGGAGGAUUACCGAAAACCAGAGCCUACUUCCUACUUCUGA